AUGCGUCCUGUGUGGCUAUUGGUGGCCGUGGCUGUGGUGGGUGUGGUCAGCGGAGACGACAACCAAUGCUGGGAGCAUCCGAGCUGCCAGGAUGUCAACGAUGAGAGCAGCAUGAUGGAGUGCAUCCAGCUCUGUCGGCCUGACCUCCCCCCCGAGCCCUCCUCCUCCUCCACCCCUCCGGCCAAGCGCUCCUACUCCAUGGAGCACUUCCGCUGGGGGAAGCCCAUCGGACGGAAGCGUCGCCCGGUCAAGGUCUACACCUCCGAUGGCGUGGAGGAGGUGUCGGCCGAGGUGUUCCCCGAGGAGAUGCUGAGGCGGGAGCUCCCGGCAGCAGCAGACGACCAGGAGACGCUGGCAGCGGGGGAGCAGGAGAAGCUCCAUGAUGUCCACGAGAAAAAAGACAGCACCUACAAGAUGAAGCACUUCCGCUGGAGCGGUCCAGUGGCCAGCAAGCGCUACGGCGGCUUCAUGAAGAGCUGGGACGAGCGCCUCCAGAGGCCGCUGCUCACCCUCUUCAGAAACGUCAUCAAGGACAAAGAACGGGAGACAACUGGGGAACAGGGGGGGGAGAUCUGA